AGCCAGGAACUUCCAAUCUCUGUCUCUCUCUCUCCCAAUUACUCAUAAAAGCCGUACCCUUUUUUUAACCCUACCACUUUAGUACCCCACUUAGCCCCAUUCCUUAGCCAGUGCCAUCACCUAAUUUCACGCGUUUAAAUCCAUCCAUGCACUCCAGACAUACAUCAUCUUCAUCACCAUCCAUCAUCCAUCAUCAUCAUCAUCAGCAUUUCACUCCAACAUGCCAUCUCCCUUUCUAUAAAUACUCCCUCCAACUCCUCUACUCCUUUAUCGAUUCCUAUUUCCACUCAUAACAAAACCAAUUUAUAUAACGAAUUUCGACUCACAAUGGGAGAGGUCAGUUAGCGAAUACUCUCUCUUUUUGCCGUUUCGUCUUCUUUUCUUUUAUUUUUGGUUGAUAAUUUUCCGUAUCUUAUAUGGGUUGCUCUUGGUCUAUGUUGCAGAAAAAGAAUGGAAACAAGAAAGAAGGGGAUGGAGAAAAGAAGGAAAAGGGUUCCUUAACCGUUGUUUUGAAAGUUGAUUGUCUUUGUGAAGGUUGUGAUACCAAAAUCCGCAAAUACAUUCGUAAAUUUGAAGGUGUAGAAGCAGUGAAAACAGAGAGCAGCUCAAACAAAGUGACAGUGAUAGGAGCUGUGGAUCCAACAGCCAUUAAAGAGAAGCUCCUGAAGAAAACCAAGAAGAAAGUUGACCUCAUUUCUUCUCAACCAAAGAAAGAUGAUAAGAAAGAAGAGAAAAAAGAGAAAAAACCUGACAAAGAGAAAAACCAGGAUUCUGAUAAUAAACCAGAGAAAAAGGAAAAACCCAAAGAGGCCCCGGUAACUACGGCUGAUUUGAAGGUGCAAGUGAAAUGCCAGUGCCAGGGAUGCAUUGUCAAGAUUCGCAAAAUUGUCUCUGAAACCAAAGGUGUGCAGGAGUUGAAAGUAGACGAGCAGAAGGAGCUCGUCACAGUCAAGGGGACUAUGAAUGUUAAGGCCUUGGCGGAGGCUUUGAAGGACAAACUGAAGAAGAAUGUUGAGAUUGUGCCUCCUAAGAAAGAGAAAGAUAGCAACAAGGAGGGUGACGAGAGUGGGGGUGGUGGCGGUGCGAAGACGAAGAACAAAGGUGGUGGAGAUGGUGGAAAUGGUGCUAAUGCUGGUGGUGGUAAGAUGGAUUUAAUGGUUCAACCUGAAUUUGGAUACAUGCCGACUUAUUAUGGAUACGGGCACCCCGGCUAUGGGUAUGGUUACGGGCAUCCACACCCGCACGGGCAUGGCCAUGGUUACCCUGGGUAUGUGCCUGAUUACCCCGUGUCUGUUCAUCCACCUCACCAGAUGUUUAAUGAUGAGAAUCCUAAUGCUUGUGUCAUUUUGUGAGGAGAAAUGGGGUUUAUGGUAUAGGUUUUUAGGUUAAGGUAAAUGGGAAAACGUGUAAAUAAGAAAUAGAGAAGAGAGUUUACUUGGAAGGAAAAUUUUGAGUUAAACUUGGAGCUCCAAAGCCUGUUUGGGUUUUUAUAUAUGUUGGAUUCUAAGGUUUUGAUCUCGUUAUUUGUUGUUGAAAAUGUUAAAUGUUGGCAAUUUUAAUGUGAUUAGUGGUAUUUUGCUA